AAGGACCAGUCCUGGCUCUGCAUGCUGGGUUUAUUCAUCGGCGCACCUUCUGCUCCAUCACUAGGCGAUGCACCGAGACAACUUCUAACCGCACUGGAUCAGCUGCACAGAUGAGGGACCCAUGACAAAAACUCGAUCAGCUUCAUAGACAGGUGAUGGGUCCAGUGUGACUGUUACAACACCAUCCUGCCCACCUAGCCUGUCUAAUUCUGUAGCUAUGGCAACUUGUUCGAGAGGCUGCGCACCAGCGGUGCGCCUUUGUCAGAAACUGAACCGGCUCAAGACACUGGAUGAUGACAUGAUGGCCACAUCACUGAAACGCUGCCUCUCUACACUGGACCUGACUCUGUUGGGAGUUGGUGGCAUGGUUGGCUCUGGGCUUUAUGUCCUAACAGGCACAGUAGCUAAAGACAUGGUUGGGCCUGCUGUCAUCAUAUCCUUCCUUUUUGCAGGUAUUGCUUCUUUAUUGGCUGCCUUUUGUUAUGCAGAGUUUGGAGCGCGUAUUCCCAAGACAGGAUCAGCCUACAUGUUUACCUACGUCUCUGUAGGAGAAGUUUGGGCUUUUCUCAUUGGUUGGAAUGUUAUUCUGGAGAACAUGAUUGGUGGUGCUGCUGUGGCAAGAGCAUGGAGUGGUUAUCUGGACUCCAUUUUUAACCAUGCCAUCCAAAACUUUACUGAGACACACAUUAUGCAGUGGAACAUCCCCUUUCUGGCCCAUUAUCCUGAUCUACUAGCAGCAGGGAUUCUAGUAGUUGCCUCAUUCUUCAUUUCCUUUGGAGUCCAAGUGUCCUCUUACCUCAACCACAUCUUCUCCACAAUUAGUAUGGGUGUCAUCAUUUUCAUUCUGGUCUUUGGUUUUGUGCUUGCGGAACCAGCUAAUUGGAGUCAGAAAGAAGGAGGCUUUGCACCUUUUGGGUUGUCUGGAAUACUGGCAGGUUCAGCCACUUGCUUCUACGCAUUUGUGGGCUUUGAUGUAAUUGCAUCAUCAAGUGAAGAGGCAAAGAACCCACAGAAAGCUGUUCCCAUCGCUACUGCAAUCUCUCUUGGAUUGGCAGCAACAGCUUACAUCUUGGUCUCCACAGUGCUCACACUAAUGGUACCAUGGCAUACACUGGACCCCAACUCAGCUCUGGCAGAUGCUUUCUUCCGCCGUGGUUACAGUUGGGCUGGAGUUGUGGUGGCAGUAGGUUCCAUCUGUGCUAUGAACACCGUGCUGCUCUGUAAUCUAUUCUCCCUUCCUCGGAUUGUGUACGCCAUGGCAGAGGAUGGGUUAUUCUUCUCCAUUUUUGCACGGGUCAAUCCUGUUACCAAAGUCCCUGUCAAUGCGAUUUUGGUGUUUGGAGUUCUCAUGGCCACCAUGGCUCUCAUUUUUGACCUGGAGGCCUUGGUUCAGUUCUUGUCCAUUGGCACUCUGUUGGCAUACACCUUUGUGGCAGCUAGCGUUAUUGUGCUCCGCUUCCAGCCUGACAAAUCCACCUCCAAGAGUACAGCUUCUACAUCUCCAAACCCUAAUGCUGAACCUUCCCCUGCACCCUCAGAGUCUCAGACGAUAGCAGAGGACAGCGGUGAGCUGAAGCAGUAUGAGUCCUUCUCUGAUAAACUCCAGCUGGUGGAGAGACAGAAGACAAGAGAGCGGCGUGGUGUGGGGCAGCUGAAGGCAUGCUGGGAGCCAUACCUUGGCCGGCUGCUGGGGGACUGUGAGCCAGGCGAGGUGGUGGCCUUCUCUGUGCUGACUCUGAUAGUGAGCUCAGUGUCCCUCUGUGUUGUGCUGGAAUUUGGAACCCAGCAACUACAUCUGCCGAUGUGGAGUUUCACAAUGCUGCUGGUGAUUUUUAGUCUAGCUUUUGUUAUCAGCCUGGCUCUCAUAUGGAUUCAUGAGCCACAAAGUGACAGCAAAACAUUCCAGGUACCUCUGGUUCCAUUGUCUCCGGGUGCCAGUAUCCUCAUAAAUGUAUUCCUCAUGAUGAAGCUCAGCUAUCUAACCUGGAUUCGAUUCACUGUAUGGAUUGCUAUAGGUCUCCUUGUGUAUUUUGGCUAUGGGAUCUGGCAUAGUAAGGAGGGAAGGCGGGAGCUGCAGCCCAAAGACAUGGCCGCGCGGUACGUGGUUCUACCCAGUGGCAGCCUGGUAGAGACAGUGCAGUCUGUCCAGCCUGAUGGACAAGUGGAAACCUCCGUGCACCACAUGAACCCCCCCACUGCCUCUGCUGCUGAGGAGUAUGCAGGAAAGAGAUGAUGUGUGACCAAAUAUAGUCAUUACUACUGCCUGGUAUUAUCUGUUGUCUCCCACUCAUAGGCAUCAUAACUUGUAUACUCUUUCUAGCUCACUCCCUUUAGUGUGUAACUGGCCUGCCACAGUUUGUACUUGUUGCUAUGCUAAUGUAAGCACACCACAGGAUGGGAUGCUCGCUCUCUGUCUCAUUGUGAAACUUAUUUGUAUACCUUGUAAUACUCGAAUGUACAAUAGAGAGCUUUAUUAGUUCAGUAACUCCCAGCACCAAAAUUGUCUUCUAUCUUUCAGAAACAGCUCUUUUCUUGCAACCUGCCACUUUAUCAAAGUCCAUGCAUUUGUCGGUUAUAUGGUGCUUUCUUUGUGACAAACUGUAUUUUUAGUUAAGUAUACUCAGUGGAUGGUUUUUAAAUUUUAAUACAGAUCGGGACCUAAAAAUGUCACUCUCAGCAAGGUAGAAGAUACUGCACAUUUUUUCUUGAAGAUAUCAUCAUCGGUAAACUAAGUGUUAACUUGCUGCAUGCUUUCAGUUCAGCAGAGGAAUGCACAAACCUUCGCACCCAUGUAAAAAUGUGUGUGAGUUUACAUUUUUGCCUUUUUCUCAAGCUUAAAUCCCCUUCUGAAACCUCAGGAGAAACUACACAUACUGAUGUGGAUUCUCUUAGUCUACCCCUUUCUUUUAUUACAUAAGGAGCAAUUUCUGUGAUUUAAUCCUAUAUCUUAAACUAUGUAUUUAUUUUUCUAUUAUUACUGUUAAUAUUUUUGCUUUUUUAUAGAUAUCUUUAGCUUCAGUUUUUUUGUGAGUUGCCUUUUCCUGCUGCUGUCCGUUUGUUGUCUGUUUUAUAUCCAUCACUUUUUGCAUGUACCUCGUCAUGAGUAAUUUGUGUUCACCUUUUACUUAGCUGAUCAACACUUGAGUGGGUCAUUUAAUCCCCUAGAUCUGAUCCCAUGACCCUUUUCUUUUAAGUUUCACAGGUUUGUCUUUUUCUCACGGCCUUCCCCUUCCCCCCCUCUACCUUUUAGCAUGGCAUGAAAUACAUUUUUGAGCUCUUUACUUUAUAGUUAUAUGACUGAUUUCUAAAAAUGCUGAGCGCUAAUUAUUACAUAUACCAUAAGGGAAGCACAAACCUAUUGAGUAGCUGUCCUAACACAGGGUAAAGCACUGUCAGGCAGAUACGAGCUGUUAUGUUUGGGAUGGUGAUGUGCUUCGUCUUUGUGAGGCCUCUGUAAUCCCGGCAGAUUUGCAGCAGCCCCUGUUGCCAGUCUGCAGUUUGACCUAGAUUAGAGAAAGGCACAAAUACAAACAUUCCCACAACCUAUACUUAUUAAGAACAGUGUCAAUAAAUGAUAAUUUCUUUUUUUAUUAUAUAGGUAAUUGCACAUAAAAUGGUUAUUUCUCUGUUGUUAUGCAUUUUGUUUGUGUUUGCAUGUGUUACUUAACAAACCAAUGGCCUUAAAUACAUUGUAAUCAAUACAGACUGAUUUCCAAAGUUACAGUAAUCAGUCUGAUACAAUAAGUUAUUCUUUUCAUCACCUGACAAAAGUUCUUAAACAGAAUAAAUACCAGUGACUUUUACAUCAAAACCCAUACAUUGUACAGAGUGUUUUAGAAGAAGGCUAUUUGGCAUAGUUACAAAAAUGACUUGGCUUCAGGAGAGUUUGUACAACUUUGCACACUGUUCAGAAACUAUUGUCUAGUAUUUUUGUGUUAUGCUUUUGAUGUCAGGGCCAGUGACAGUUGUUAAUACUGUGGUGCUUUUUUAAGCUGAACAUCCUCUCACUUCUUUCUCUGUCUUUUUGUGCCAGGAAGCACAGUGAGGAUGCAGUUCAUUUGUGACUUAUGAACUGUAUUGUGCCCUGUACUUGCACAUUAAGGUCUCAGAUCUUUCUGUUAUAGUGUACGUCUGUAUAAAUCGCAAAAGACUGUGUUAUAAAUUGAAAAUAAAUGUUUUGAAGCAGCAUUUACAAAA